AUCAUCUGUAGUGUAACAUACAAUUUUAAUACUGUAAAUAUUGCAGUGCACUAGGAAAUACUGACCUUUACUUUGUUGAACAAUAGCCACAAGACCAAGCUUACCAGGUUGUAGAAUGACAUCUGUCACAAGGAGAAAGUAACUAGGUAAGACCUUGGUACAAUAUAAGUAUCUGCACAGAAUACUUCUGUUUUCAGAAAUGCUGAAAAUGUGUAGUAGGUAUGCUUUCACUAUAUCCCUUUGAAGUAACAGAGUUCUGUAAACCAUUGUACAAGGACGUUUCCUACCUUAGAGUAACUAUAGUUCUGGUUCUUAAAAUUCAGUGAGUUUCAGUGCCCAGUGAAAAAAAGUCGUUUCACUCUUAAGCCCUGCACGCGCCAGAAGAGGCAGGAAGAUGUAAUCACGGAUGUGGGUUAGAGCGAGUUGUUGCACAGAAGUGCAGUGAAGGCAGAACUCUCAGCAAUGAAUCCAGAAGAGCAAAUUGUAACAUGGCUUAUUUCAUUAGGAGUUUUGAAUUCUCCCAAGAAAAUAGUAGAGGAUCCAGAGGAGUUCCUGAAAACUUCUCUGAAAGAUGGAAUAGUGCUUUGUAGACUCAUUAAUCGCCUUCUUCCGGGAUCUGCAGAAAAGUAUUGUCUGGAGCCUAAAAAUGAAGCUGAUUGCAUCAGUAAUAUUCAAGAGUUCCUAAAAGGCUGUGCAGUUUUUAAAGUGGAGCUAUUUGAUCCACAUGAUUUGUACACAGGAGAACAGUUCUCCAAAGUCCUGAGUACGUUAACAGCUGUAAAUAAAGCUACUGAAGAUCAACCGUCAAAAAAGCCAUGCUCUCAAGUAUCGUCUCUUAGCUCUGCAGCUGGAGGUCCCCACACUAACACCAACGGCACAGCUUCACAGUCAGCAAGGGUGUUAAGGAGGCAGUCCAAAGCUGUGGAGAUGACCGAGAAUGGCAGUCAUCAACUGGUGGUAAAGGCCAGGUUCAAUUUUAAGCAGACCAAUGAGGAUGAACUCUCUGUUAACAAAGGAGACAUUAUUUAUGUCACCCGAGUUGAAGAAGGGGGCUGGUGGGAGGGGACCUUGAAUGGAAAAACAGGCUGGUUCCCAAGCAACUACGUCAGAGAAAUCAAAUCUACCGAUAAACCACUCUCUCCCAAAGCAUUAAAAGGACUUGAAAGCACUCAGCUGACAAAGAAUUAUUACCCUGUGGUGUUGCAAAAUAUUCUGGAAACAGAACGAGAUUAUGCGAAGGAACUCCAGUCACUUCUGGGAACUUACUUAAGACCCCUCCAGUCUUAUGAUAAGCUCAGUGCUGUGGACAUUGCAUCGUUACUGGGAAAUGUGGAAGAAAUCUGUGCGUUUCAGCAAACGCUGAACCAGGCCUUGGAAGAAGUUGCAAAGCUCCCUGAGAACCAGCAGCGAGUGGGAGGCUGUUUUAUGAACCUGAUGCCCCAGUUCCGGUCCUUGUACCUGACGUACUGUGCUAACCACCCAUCUGCAGUCAAUGUCCUCACGCAACACAGUGAUGAGCUGGAGAAGUUUAUGGAGAGCCAGGGUGCGGCCAACCCAGGCAUUCUCAUCUUAACCACCAGCCUCAGCAAACCCUUCCUGAGGCUGGAUAAGUAUGUGACACUUCUGCAGGAGCUGGAGCGGCACAUGGAGGAGGCGCAUGCAGAUCAUGAAGAGGUUUUGAAAGCAGUCACAUCCUUCAAGUCUCUUGUGUCACAGUGCCAGGAGCUGAGGAAGAGGAAACAGCUAGAACUGCAGAUCCUUUCAGAAUCCAUCCAGCGCUGGGAAGGAGAGGACAUAAAAACGAUGGGAAGCAUAAUCUACAUGUCCCAGGUUAUGGUACAGUGUGCGGGAAGUGAGGAGAAAGAAGAGCGCUAUUUCUUGUUGUUUUCAAAUGUUUUGCUCAUGCUGUCUGCAAGCCCACGGAUGAGUGGGUUCAUAUAUCAGGGAAAGCUGCCUUUAACAGGAAUGACACUGACAAAGCUAGAAGAUGCCGAAGGCAACGAGCACGCAUUUGAAAUCGCAGGGAACAUGACAGAGCGGAUCACUGUGUCCUGCAGCAGCAGCCAGGACUUGCACGAAUGGCUUGACCAUUUGCAAAGGCUCACCAAAGGGACGUGCAACACCAUAUCCAAAACACAGUCCUGGAGCGCUCAUUCAACAUUUGGUUCAACUGGACAGAUUCGUGGCCCACUGGAGCCCCCCAAAAUCCUCAAGCCCUGGAGCUUGAGUUGCCUCCGCCCUGCUCCUCCGCUCAGACCGUCAGCAGCACUGAGUUACAAAGAGAGGAUGUCUUAUAUCUUAAAGGAUUCCAGCAAGAGUCCAAAAACAAUGAAGAAAUUUCUUCCGAAAAGGAAAACUGAGAGAAAAGCUUCUGAUGAAGAGUUUGUUAUUAGGAAAAGUACUGCUGCAUUAGAAGAGGAUGCUCAGAUCCUGAAGGUGAUCGAGGCAUACUGUACUGGGGCAGGCUUCCAGCAAGCUCUCAGUUCAGGCUCCCGUAAAGACUCCAUCCCCCAAGUCCUUCUUCCCGAGGAAGAGAAAAUCAUCAUAGAGGAAACGAGAAGCAACGGUCAGACUGUCACGGAGGAAAAGAGCCUUGUUGACACGGUUUAUGCACUGAAAGAUGAAGUCAAAGAACUAAAGCAGGAGAAUAAAAGGAUGAAGCAGUGUUUGGAGGAAGAGCUUAAAUCAAGGAAAGACUUGGAGAAGUUGGUUAGAAGGCUGCUGAAGCAGACGGACGAGUGUGCCAGGGAGGACACAGGCCGCAAGUCGUCUCUGAUAGCCUGAGUCUGGGAGAAGCUGCUGGCAGUGGUGUGUGACCUCAGGUGUUUUUUGGGAAGCAGAACUGGAUCCUUUGCCUCUUCUUGCUCCUUAUUUUGUUGGUUUUGGGGAUUUUGUUACCAAAAAAAUAAGUCAUAGAGAAAGAAAUAGUUUUUUUUUUUUUUUCCAUCCUAUAAGGAAAUAAAACAAACACAGAAACAAUCACAACUAAAAUGGUAAGCAGGCGGUCCAUGAUUCACAGUUCAUCUGCAGCAACUAAUACCUCAUCGUACCUGCUACUGGGAGCAAAUACAAACUCUGCUAGUGAUUGCCGCUCACAAAGAGUUUGGCAGUAGUUUCCUAGAGAGGAAGCGUAAGCACUUUUUAAUGCUUUCAUUCUUUUUAAAAGCUCCGGUACCUAUUUAUUGAAUGAAAAUGUUAUUUGAGUUGGCAUUGAGCAGAAACCAAAAAGCACCAUGCUCCUCUUUCAGAUAAUCACAACUGGGGAAGCUUUCCCCAUCCACUUUCUUUUUCCCCAUUAGUUGACUGUAGCGAACUAGAGCCCAGCAAUACUGUGGUUCCUGUGUGGCCUUGAUAACUGAUUUUAAAUGUGCAAUUACCACGAAGACAUUUUAAGUCCUUGGGGAAGUCAGAUCUGGAGCACCUGUCAGAGCGCAUGGGAAGGUAUGUUGCACAGUACUGCCUCCUAACAGCUCGCGAUUAGCACAACAGGUACCUGCUGUUCUGCCCCCAGUACCUUUUCUUCUGCAUGACCUGUGACUCCUACACCCUGCUGCAUUUUCACUUUGAGUGUCCAGGUAUUGUAUGAGUUGAUAGUUUUGCUGUGCUCCCCCUUGCAGUACAUGCUUUUCUCUGUACGAAUUGCAAACACUGCUUGACAAAAGAAAACCCAAAACGUGCUUGUUCUCUGCUCCCUCCCACCACCAUUAGACUCUCUGUAAGUCUUUCCCAAAGGCUGGGAACACAGCCAAUGGCCACUUCUCCACCAUCGCCCCAAAGGGGCUAGUUCUAGGAAGAAGGAACUUUCUCUUGGGAUAGGAAAAGUAUUUCUGUUUAUGCUUUGACAAGAGCUGGAAUGCUCCUGGGGCAAUGACGUGACACCCUUCCAGAUCCCUGCACAGCUCCUCAAGCACAGCACACAGACAACAUGCAUAUGUAUCAAAUAUCUUCAUCUUAUUUGAUGUUGUACCCUAGUUUAUAACUGAUGUUUUCCUUCCGUCUUAGCAGCGUUAUAAAAGUAAUCUUCUGUUAAUGGUAAGUCUCACGAAUAUCACGGGGCAGCAUGGUCCCAGGGUAUGCGGACACACCACAGCACAUUACACGGUCAGACCAUUUACGUUAUUCAUGAAGGAUAUAAUAGAGGCAAUAGUUACAAACUCCCUCCUUGCAAUUAGAAUUCAGCCAGAGAACAGUGUUUGGGGACAGCUAGACUCCAGAACAUCACAAGGAAUUUAAAAAGCAUCCCCAUUUAAUGCUAAGUUGUUUUAGAGAUAAAAUAGGGUUGUUUUUUUUUUUUUUUUUUUU